ACAAACAAGCUGCCGCUUCACGCUUGUCGCGCCGGGCGCUUUUGGAUUUUUAUUCCAGUUCAGGCUGUUUUUCCGGCAGAAGUUUGACUCGAAGGAUGAUGACGGACUGAAACGCUGCAGUUAGAAGCUCUACUAGUUCCUAAAGCCAUGUCUUUCCAUCAGGAUCGUGUGAGGGGGGGUCUGCCUCCGGGCCAGCACAAUCCCCCUCAGAACUACCGCAGCAGCAGCCAGAAGCCGCCCCCUCCUCAGCCCCCCAUGCCCCCGUACCACUACGACCCACAGGCCCCCCCCAGCGGCUCAGGGUACCACGGGCACGGCGGCUACCUGCCCCCACACUGCGACUUCAUGCAGUACCCCCCUCCAGCCCCCUCGCAGACGCCCGGCUCCCUGACCCAGUGCCCGCUGCGCCCUCCUUUCCUCAAGCCCCCCGCCCGCCAAGGCUUCCCUGAGCCCCCUCCCAACUUCCCGCCCCCGCCUCUGCCCAGCCCCACAGGUGGCCCCGCCCCAGGGGCGCAAAUGCCUGCUCAGAACGCUUACAAUCCCUACAUGAUGCCUCCUGUGCCCCCGCCUCCGAUCCCCCACCCGCCCAUCCCUCCCCCCAUGUCCUCCCAGUCCAUGAGCUACCAUCCUGCGUACUCCAUGAAUUACCCCCCACACCCGCCCUUCCCCCCUCCCCCCUUCAACCCCGGCUAUACCCAGAGCCCCGGCCCCUUCCCUCCGGACCACGGCGUCCGCCACGGAGGGCAGUACAAGUAUGAGAAGCCCCCGGACAGCAGGAGGUCUCCGGAGAGAGGCUAUCGCCACGACGACCACAGGCAGAAGUGCUACGGCUACGGUUCCCACGGCGACCGGCACAAGAUGGAGUUUCCAGGAGAGAGGAAGGACCGAGGGCGGAGCGUGGACAGGCGGGGUCGGCCGGAGGGGGGGCGCUACCGGUCCGAGUACGACCGAGGGAGGAGCCCCCCCAGACACCGGAGCAGAGACCGAAGCAGAGAGAGACAUCGACACAGAGACACUCGGAGGUCCCCGACACCUGACAAGCACAGAAAGAGACCUCGAAGCCGAUCCUCCAGCAGGGAGCGGAAACGCAGCCGCUGGGAGGACGAGAAGGACCGGCGGUCCGAGAGCUCGUCGGGGCCGAGCCGCGAGCGCAGCUACUCGUCGUCGGCCCGGAGCCGGGAGCCCGACGAGGCCGCCGACGAGCGGGAGAAGGAGCGAGAGAAGGAGCGAGGGGAGGAGGACAAGGAGGAGGAGGAGCUGCUGAAGCCCGCCUGGAUCCGCUGCACGCACGCCGAGAACUUCUACUCCAACGACCCCAUGGACCAAGUGGGGGACUCCACAGUCGUGGGGACCAGUAAACUGAGAGACCUGUACGAGCGCUUCGAAGAAGAGCUGGGGAAACGGCAGGAGCGAGCCAAGGAGGCCCGGCCCAAAUGGGAACCCCCCAAGACCAAACUGGACGAGGAUCCAGGCGACAGCAGCAGUGACUCAGAGUGCGAGUCGGAGGGAGAGGGGAGCACCUGCUCCAGCAGCUCCGACUCCGAGGUUUUCGACGUCAUCGCCGAGAUCAAGAGGAAGAAGGCUCACCCCGACCGGCUGCACGAGGAGCUGUGGUACAACGACCCCGGGCAGAUGAAUGAUGGUCCCCUGUGUAAGUGCAGUGCCAAGGCCAGACGUACAGGGAUCCGCCACAGCAUCUACCCAGGGGAGGAGCCGGUGAAACAGUGCCGUCCCAUGAACAACAACGCAGGGAAGCUCUUCCACUACAGGAUCACUGUCUCGCCGCCGACAAACUUCCUGACCGACAGACCGACGGUGAUCGAGUACGACGAUCAUGAAUACCUGUUUGAAGGCUUCUCCCUCUUCUCCCACACGCCGCUCACUAACAUCCCAUUGUGCCGUGUGAUCCGCUUCAACAUAGAUUACACCAUUCACUUCAUAGAGGAGAUGACACCGGAGAACUACUGCGUCCAGGGCCUGGAGCUCUUCGGCUCCUAUCUGUUCCAGGACAUUCUGGAGCUGUACGACUGGAACCUGACAGGUCCUGAUCCCGAUGACGAGUCCUCUGGAUGCCAGCGCUUUCACUUCAUGCCCCGCUUUGUUCGCUUCUUACCUGACGGAGGGAAGGAGGUGCUGUCCAUGCACCAGGUGCUGCUCUACCUGCUCCGCAGCAGCAAGCCGCUGGUCCCCGAGGAGGAGAUCGCAGACAUGCUGCAGUGGGAGGAGCUGGAGUGGCAGAAGUACGCCGAGGAGUGCAAGGGCAUGAUCGUCACCAACCCGGGCAUGAAACCGAGCUCGGUGCGAAUCGACCAGCUGGACAGGGAGCAGUUCAACCCGGAGGUCAUCACCUUCCCCAUCAUCGUCCACUUCGGGAUUCGGCCGGCCCAGCUCAGCUACGCCGGCGACCCGCAGUACCAGAAACUGUGGAAGAGCUAUGUGAAACUACGCCACCUGCUGGCCAACAGCCCCAAGGUCAAGCAGCUGGACAAACAGAAGCUGACACAGAGAGAGGAAGCUCUUCAGAAGAUCCGUCAGAAGAACACGAUGCGCCGUGAGGUGACGGUGGAGCUCAGCAGCCAGGGCUUCUGGAAGACCGGCAUCCGCUCCGACGUCUGUCAGCACGCCAUGAUGCUGCCUGUUCUCACCCAUCACAUCCGGUACCACCAGUGUCUCAUGCACCUGGACAAGCUCAUCGGCUACGUCUUCAAGGAGCGCUGCCUCCUGCAGCUGGCCAUGACCCACCCCAGCCAUCACCUCAACUUCGGUAUGAAUCCCGAUCACGCACGGAACUCGCUGUCCAACUGUGGCAUCCGCCAGCCCAAGUACGGAGACAGGAAGGUCCACCACAUGUACAUGAGGAAGAAAGGAAUCAACACAUUGAUUAACAUCAUGUCUCGCCUGGGCCAAGACGACCCGUCCCCCUCCAGGAUCAAUCACAACGAGAGACUGGAGUUCCUGGGCGAUGCCGUCGUCGAGUUCCUCACCAGCGUCCACCUGUACUACCUGUUCCCCAGUCUGGAGGAGGGCGGCCUGGCCACCUACAGGACCGCCAUCGUGCAGAACCAGCACCUCGCCAUGCUGGCCAAGAAGCUGGAGCUGGAUCGCUUCAUGCUCUACGCUCACGGGCCCGAUCUGUGCCGGGAGUCGGACUUGCGACACGCCAUGGCCAACUGCUUUGAGGCUCUUAUCGGCGCUGUGUAUUUGGAAGGAGGCUUGGACGAGGCCCGCCAGCUGUUUGGUAGACUGCUGUUCAACAGUGAGGACCUGCGGGAGGUCUGGCUCAACUACCCACCGCACCCCCUGCAGGUCCAGGAGCCUCAGACGGACCGGCAGCUGAUCGAGACGUCCCCCGUCCUCCAGAAGCUCACCACCUUCGAGGACUCCAUCGGCGUUUUGUUCACGCACGUGCGUCUGCUGGCCAGAGCGUUCACCUUGAGAACCGUCGGCUUCAACCACCUCACGCUAGGCCACAACCAGAGAAUGGAGUUCCUGGGAGACUCCAUCAUGCAGCUCGUAGCCACCGAGUAUCUCUUCAUCCACUUCCCUGACCACCACGAAGGACACCUCACGCUUCUGCGCAGUUCGCUGGUGAACAACCGCACGCAGGCCAAGGUGGCGGAGGAGCUGGGCAUGCAGGACUUCGCCAUCACCAACGACAAGACCAAGCGGCCGGUCGCGCUGAGGACCAAGACUCUGGCCGACCUGCUGGAGUCCUUCAUCGCCGCUCUCUACAUUGAUAAAGACCUGGAGUACGUGCACACCUUCAUGAACGUGUGCUUCUUCCCUCGGCUGAAGGAGUUCAUUCUGAACCAGGACUGGAACGACCCCAAGUCUCAGCUGCAGCAGUGCUGUUUGACCCUGAGGACAGAGGGCAAGGAGCCCGACAUCCCGCUGUACAAGACCCUGCAGACAGUCGGGCCCUCGCACGCCCGCACCUACACCGUGGCCGUGUAUUUCAAAGGGGAGCGAAUCGGCUGUGGCAAAGGCCCAAGCAUCCAGCAGGCGGAAAUGGGAGCUGCGAUGGAUGCAUUGGAAAAAUAUAACUUCCCACAGAUGGCUCAUCAGAAGCGCUUCAUCGAGCGGAAAUACAGGCAGGAGCUGAAGGAGAUGAGACGAGAGCGGGAGCGGCAGGAGAAGGAGACCGACGAGUCGGACGACUGCAGGAAGUGACAGCGCCCUCCCUUCUCUUCUUUUUUUUUUUUUUUCUUUCCCCCCCCCUCGUUGUUGGACGGCAGGGGGGCUCAAUCAGGGCCGAGGGGUCCUCGUUCAAGGAGCCUCGUCUGCAGAUGAUGGCAGCUGUCCAGACAGGAAGUGAUCAGUGAACUUUUUCAGGAGAUUGGAAGGUAGAUUUGAUUCCUGAACUCCCCUCAUUUGAGGGUGGAAUUAGCCUUUCUCACAAGAUUUCUGAAGAAGGUGAAAAUUUUACAUGUCAUUAACCAAUUCCAGUUACAUCUGUCCAAGGUUACAGUUUGGAUUCAUGUAAAGUAACCGACAACAAGCAAACCAAACUGUUUCCAUUAGUUUGUUUUCACACAGCUACAGGAAGUGAUCACUGAGGAGCCAGCAUGAACUUUUCAGGAGAUUAGAAGGCAGAUCUGACUGUUAACUCAAACGUUUCACUAUAACUAUCUUUUUAAAAUGAUGUUUUUUAGUGAAAAUGGAACUUAUCGCCAACAGAUCCCAAUUCAGUCACGAUCCAUCACAGCCGGAUCCAUGCUGUCAGAUAUGCGUUUGUUGACGAAUAAAAAAAUGAAAAUAAUUUGUUCACUCACUUUUAUGUAUAGAACCACAGCAUGACCUGAAAGCAUCACCAACACACCCAAAAUAAAGCAGAAAAAUUCAUGUUUCAUUUUUUGUGUGCAACUUGUCCAUGAGUUGUCCACCUUUUUUUUUCCACUCAACGAUGGCCUUACCAUAGCCUUACCUCAUUAAUACAGUGAACAUUAAUUGAAUUUUUUUUUCAUUUUUAACACACAGAUGGUCUUGCCUCCUGAAUAAAGUGAAAAUCAUCAAAAAAAGUUUUUUCAUUUUUCCUCACCGAUGGUUUUACUAUUGUCUUACCUUCUUAAUAAAGUGGUAUUAUCAAAAAUUCUGAAUUUUUUUUUUCAUUUUUCCCAACCGAUGGUCUU